AGCGGUGAGCGUUUUUCUCGCCCUCAUUUUGCUUGUUGAUCGUGUUGGAACAGUUAUUUCCAUCUUGUUCCCAAGACGGCAACGAAAAAAAAGGCUCGUUGCUCAGGUGUCGUAGCCGUGUCUCGAAAAGUUUUUGAACCAUCCAAGGAAAGGCGCAACGGAACAUGGAAGCCGUCAAGAGUUAUACGGACAAGUUUGAGCAGGUUCUCGACACUGUAGGAAGCCCACUUAAACCUUGGCUACCUGGAAUUGCGCGAUUUCUUUUGGUUGUAACGUUUUUGGAAGACUCUUUGCGGAUAUGCACCCAAUGGUCAGACCAGUUGUGGUUCCUACAAAAGCAUAGGAACUUUCCAUUCUUCACUGCCGAGCUCUUUCUUGGAUUGAACGUUUUGGUCAUGUUGGUGGGAUCUAUUGCCGCAAUCGCCAGAAAAAACACAGAGUAUGCAGUCCCAGCUCUAUUUUUGGUGAUCAUAUCCCAGUCCCUCGGAUACGGGUUACUCUUUGAUGCGACCUUCUUUUUCCGCAAUGUGUCUGUGGCGGGUGGAUUGCUCAUGUUGUUGGCAGAGUCCAUGUCUGCAAAGCGCAGAACUAUAUUUGCGGGACUACCUUCUCUCAGUGAAACGAACAAGGCGACCUACCUGCAAUUGUUUGGGCGUAUCCUUCUCGUGUUCCUCUUCUUGAGUUUCAUCCUGGUUGGAGAAUUCUCAGCGCUUCGUGUUGCUGUCUCCAUUGUGGCGCUUGUCGGAUGUGUCAUGAUCGUGGUCGGGUUCAAAGCAAAGUGGUCUGCAUGGAUGUUGGUGACCUUCCUCUCCAUCAGCAAUGUUGUCCUCAACAACUGGUGGAACCUACAUCACAACCAUCCUCAACGUGAUUUCUUGAAGUACGAUUUCUUCCAGACUCUGUCGAUCAUGGGAGGGCUGCUGUUGUUGACAAACAUGGGCCCAGGUGGUCUUUCUAUGGACGAGAAGAAAAAGGCCUUUUAAGCUUUAUUGUUGUAGGAGAUGGGUUUGCAUAGCAAAAUAUAAACAUUGCUUUUAUUGCAAGUAUGAAAUAUGAGAAUUGCAAUACUAAACUAGCUACGAUAGGAUUUACUUUAUGUACAAGUGAUCAUUCGCUUCAUCUGCAAACUAAUGCGCCAUACCCAUCCGCAUAA